AUCUCGCACUAAGUGGUGUUAGCCAGACAACGGUGCUCGGUUGGAAGAUGGCGGAAAGAAGCGUCCAGACCCGCCCCAACUGGCCGUGACCGGUGGAGAACAGGACCUGUGUGUGUUGUCGGUUCCCUGAAGCAAAAAGUUGUGGUUCAGCCCAGAAACAGAAGCCUGCAGAUGAAGGAGGACUUCAGCGCUUGAGGAGUUGAACAUGAGCCGCCACGCAGGCAUCCAUACGCCGGUGCAGGACCGCGGCUCCUCUCCGCUGCUGCCCUCAGACCAUGUGCUGGGUUCUGGAGCUGUCUGGUUCCCUGGUGUGUUUGACCAGCAUGGCUGCCCUCUCAUCAUAUUCCCAGCGGAUGGUCAGGACAGGCUUUUGGAACUCAGCAAAGCAGAAGUUGUGGACUUCAUCCAUUACUUCCAUGCCUUGCUCACUAAGAAGCAGGAGAAACAAAGUCUAGUUUCUGUGGUUGCUGAUCUGAGGCAGGCGUCACCACCAACCACCAGGUUCAUCACAGAGACUCUGCUCCUCUUGGAGGAACACAAGCGAACCGUCCACAGUGUUUACAUCAUUCAGCCCAAAAGGAAAGAUGCAGCAAAGCUCUUGCUAAAGCUCCUGGUCGGGUCAAAGUCCUGCAAUGCGCCUUUCAGGAAUAUCCUCCUGAAAGAAAUCCCAGAGCUGUGGAUCUCCAUCGACCGGAGCCAGCUGCCAGCCUCUCUGGGGGGUUACUUUCUGUACUGCCACAGUAGCUGGGUUAGCUUUAUGAAGGAAAUUGAUGGCUUCGUUCAGGAGUUCCUGUCAGUGGUGCAGCGUUUGCCGUCUUGCAUCUCCACGCUGCAGGCUCUGUCCAGGCUGCCGCUGCCCUCCAGCCUCAGCCAGCUCCAACACUUCUGCAGCACAAAUGAAGCAACGUUCCUGCAGCUUAGGAGGGAGCUGGGGUUGGACGAGCUGCUGAAGCAUUGUGAGGCUGUGUGCGAGAAGCUGCGCCACCCUGACAGAGAGCCAUGCUACCAGGCCAUGACUGGCACCCCCUUCUUCACCCAGACGGCCUUUGACAUGUUGCAGAACCAUAGCAGAAUUACUGCAGCUGUGGAGAAAGUGGAGCUGCUCUGGCAGCAGGCCUUUGCUAAGGCCCAUCUGCAGCUGCAGGUGUUGCAGCUGAACAACAGCGCUCUGCAGAUUAUUGUGAAGAUGGAAUCUCUUCAAGAGAAGCUUCAGCCGUACAGAACGGAGAUGGCGACAGAUUCUACAACGACAGCUUUGCUGCUGUCUGAAUUUGAAACAUCCGUUUCCACUCCGGCUAUGGCUCUGAUUCGCUGUGCUGAAGAUGUGAUCCACACGUUAGAGGAGAUCUCUCCGGUGAAGUCGUGGCAUGAGGAGAGCUGGGCUCUGGAGCUGGAGAGGCAGAAGGAGAACCUUCACUCUGCUGUGCAGAUUGUCCUCCAGAACCUCAGGGCUGUGUCCAGCUACCAUCACUACUACAGCAAGGCCGACAGGUGGUACAGGCUGGUCCUCAGUGAUCGCUUCCUCCCAGAGCUCCUCUCAGGAGUUCAUGAAGAGCAACAGAGUAACAGUUUGAGGACAAUCCCUGCAUGGAGGCAAAGACUUUCCAUCUUCCUGAGGAAGAAUCCUCCUCCAGAAAUGGAGGAGCUGCUUCACCUGUCCCGCCUGUCCACCUCCAUCCCAGAUAAUGAGGUGCAACAGGCGAGCAGACGUCUUUCCCAGAGGUGCAUGAUUCUGAGGACGCUCCUGAUGUCCUCUGGUCCAGUGUCAGUGGAGCAGCUUCAGCUCGCCCUCCAGUGGCAAUAUGAGAUGCUGCAUGAAAAUUGGAACUCUGAACUUUGUCUAAAUCAUUUGGAUGAAGACAAAGGGUUGUAUGAGGGGGAUCAUGCAGUCUGUGGAAGCGGCUUGGAAGCAGGGAGUCAUCCUGCCGUGUUGCUUUCGGCUGCCGCUGUCGGGCCGGCGUCAGCGGAUCGGAGCGCCCAGCUGGAGGCUACAGGAGGAAAAGAUGAAGUGGAGAAUUUCCAAAAAUUAACUAGGAUCUCUGAUCCUACGACGGCUGCUCCAGGACAACCCAGCAUGCAGGAGGAAGGUAGCUUCAGCGCUCCAGGAAGUGAAGUUGACAGAAAGUUUGGCUCUGCCCUCCCAGCAAACUUCUCCAGUUCUAGCAUCCAGAUUAUCCCAAAAGUAGAAGCAGAAUCCCUGAACUUGGAGAUCAUGGUGAAGCGCUCUGCUGCCCCCCCCACCAAUCCCUGGCUUAGCUUGCCAGUAGAUGAUUUGGAAAAUUCAUACACAGUCACAAUUACCCCAACACCCACUCCCCAUAAGAAGCACUCUUGUGAAGAUGAUCCUGAACUCGGCACCAUCAGUAACGUUCUGUCCAGCACCAUCACUGACGGGAGAGACACAGAGGCCCCCAUCCUCCUCUGGUACUCCUACGACCUGCAUGAGGAAAAACCAGAAGCAGACAGCAUGGCUGAUGUGUUAUUAACCAACUGGGAGGUGAAGGAGCAAGAGAAUCUGAGAGAGGUGGAGAGAAUAUUAAACCAGGCUGGAGGGAUCCUGGAUGAGGAGGAGAAUGUUUUGGCUCAGGAAGCUGAGCUGGACGCUCUGCUGCAAGACGGAGAGGGGAAGGAUCUGUGGUCACCGUGGGGCAGCAACCAGCAGCGGCACCAGGGCUCAACUGACCUGGGGGACGUUGAUGGUGGCCGGCAGCAGCUCAGUCAGACCAACUCUAUGAUGGACAGCGACGCCUGUUCAGAUGCUACUGAUUCCUGUUCAGACAAACAGCUGACCAGCAGGCUGGACCUGCUGGGUGAGAUGAGGCAUGGUUGUGUCCCGGAUCAGCUCCUGCUCAAAGUCCAGGAGCUGAAGCUCGGCGCAGGCCAGAGGCCAUCAGAGGGUGCAGCUUCCACCUCGCCACAUCCACCAGGCCUUCACACAAACAGGGAAGCUUUCUGGUUGCAACUGGGGAAAAGAGAAGGGGAGAUUGAGAAGACCUUAAAUAAAGCACCUCGUCAUGAGGACAUGGCUCCAGAGUCUGGGAGGUGUUGUGUAUCGGAUGAGUCUGGAGAGGACGCUGAGUUCCUGUCAGAGACUGAGUGCAGCGCUGCAGACGGUGCUGUUGGAGAGAACCCACAGCUGUCUGAGGGUCUUAACGUUGGUGACACUAGUAGAGUUUCUAGUUAUUGUGAUUUGAAGGAAUCUUUUGUGGAUGUCCAACCUCCGAUUGUCCGUGGGAAAGAGCUGAAUGAAAAGCGAUUGACCUCUGAACUGAUGCCACAUGAUGGGGAGUUUGAUCCAGGAGGAAAACAACUCCCACUUCCUGUUUUGGAGCCAGAAACUGCUUCACUUCCUGUGAAUGGUCGCCCAGCUGAACAUGAAAAGGCGCCUGGCCCAGUUCCAGCCCGACCCAGUUAUCAUCCUCAACUUGAUUUAAAGCCUGAUGCACCCAGAAGGGUGGCUACAGAUUGCAGGAAGGAUUUUCUCCAUCCCAAUGUUAAAGAACACAUUAACAACAAUAACCAUUUAGUCCAUGGAAAUGAGGAGACUGUUUCUGAAGUGACUAAUGCAGAGAAAGCGGAUCCCUCCAUGGUGGCUGCUGGGAAAGAUGAGCAGCAAGCAGAAGUAGACCUGCAGCCAGUCCUCCAGAUGGCUCCCAUUCAGCCACUGGAGUUUGACCUAGGAGGAGGAGAAGAAGACAAAGACCAUCCUGAUGGUAUUCUGAGCUCUGACUCUGUGAGGAUAUCAGACCAUGUGACACAGAGGGUUCAGACCCAGUUUAGGGAGUAUGACAUUAUCCAGAUUACAGAUUUCAAUGUCCCUGUCGUGCUGGAUAUGGGAUCUGGUUUGAUGAAAGCAGGACUUGCGAAUCAAGACCUGCCAAACAUUACAUUCCCAACAAUAACUGGCGUUCCAAAAUAUGAGGAAACAAUGAGUGGGGCCGUGGAGAAGGAUCUCUACAUUGGUCAUGAUGCUCAACACAUGAGGGGGGUUCUGACUUUGAAUCACCCCAUAAAGAAUGGGAUCAUUUGCAACUGGGAAGACAUGGAAAAAAUCUGGGAGUACACAUUCCAGCAGCUGUGUGUGGAUCCAGAGGAACAUCCUGUUCUGUUGACCGAAGCAGCCAUAAACCCUCUGGAGAACCGGCGCCGCAUGGUGGAGAUCAUGUUUGAGAACUUUGGUGUUCCGUUGGCGUAUGUGGCCAUGCAGGCAGUACUUGCACUGUAUGCAGCAGGGAGAACCACUGGUGUGGUGUUUGACUCUGGAGAAGGCGUGAGCCACAGUGUUCCUGUGUUUGAAGGAUACAGUUUGCCUCAUGCAGUUCAGUGCUUCCCUUUGGCUGGUCUGGAUGUCACAUUGCAGCUUAAAAAGCUCCUGCAGGAACAGGGCGUCUGCAUGCGCACAACAGCAGAAGAUGAGAUUGUGAGGGAGAUGAAGGAGAAGUGCUGCUGUGUUGCAUUAAAUUAUGAAACUGAGCUGAACCCGGGGCGUUCAUCCUGCAGAGAAGUGCAGUACACCAUGCCGGAUGGCCAGAUCGUUACCAUGGGCACCGAAAGAUUCAGGGCAGCUGAGAUUCUGUUUAAUCCUGAGAUUAUUGGACGGGAUCAUCCUGGGAUGCAUGAGAGCAUCUUCAAGUCAAUCCUCAGGUCAGACAUUGACUUGCGGCGCAGCUUUCUGGGCAACAUUAUUCUUUCAGGUGGGAAUACUCUGCUGCCAGGCUUGCCUGAGCGCCUCCAGGCUGAGGUGAAGAACCUGGUGCCGGCAGGCAUGAAAGUGAACGUCUGCGUCACCAGCCCCAAAGACAGGCGCUUCCUGGUGUGGAGUGGCGGUGCGGUUCUGGCCAACCUGUCCACCUUCAACUCUGCGUGGAUCAGCCGGGGAGAGUAUGAGGAAUACGGGCCACAGAUUGUCUUCAGGAAGUGUUUCUGAGACAAACAGAAUAUUGCACUUCAUAAAUGACUUUUAGAUUAAAUAGAAAAUGGACCUGCUGUGAGCAAUUAGGAGUCAUUUUAAGUAUGUAUUUUUAUGUGUCUGUCAUUUUGACUUUGGCCAUCAUUGUGAAUUCUGAGCUAUAAAUUUAUACUUAAAGCCAGCCUGUGUGUGUGUGUAAUGUUUUUUUUUGUUUGUUUGUUUUGGGGGUGGUUUUUUAGAGCUGGUGUGUGCUUUGUGCUUAGUUAUUUACCAUGAUGGCCAUAAGUAAGAAUUUUUUUUUAAUGUCUGUUAUAUUUUUCAGUUGCGUCCUUAGAACGCAGGUGACUGUUUAUGGUUGAAGAAGAGGAACUGAAGCUGGCUACUGACUCUGGCAAAGCUCUCAUUGAGGAAAACCUCAGGAUUCCGACUAACAGUUUUCUUAAAACGAUCAUUUAAAGUCGAUGAAAUGUUUUGUAUGUAAGAUUGGGGGACGAUUGCAGAGCUGCCUUUUGCUUCAGUUUGCAGUCUAGAGAUGUUCCAGCUGUCUGGUGAAAAUGUGUUGAAAUGUGCACUGAUGCUCAUCCCACAUGUUCCAGGGGAAAACAGUAGAUCCCAGUGAGUGACGUGUUGUAAGUUGGAGAAAUGAAGCAGAGCUGACCUGAUUACAGCUCGUUUGUAAUGAGGAGCAGGUGUUUGAGAGGUUCUACUGCAAAAAAUGUGGCGGGAUGGUUAGUUAUCCAAACCCAAAAGUGUUUCUUUUCUUAGUUUAAGCUUGAUACUAAAUACUUUCAUGUGUUUGCUUUUUUUGGGGCAGGAUGAGGUUCUGAAUUUGUUCUUAUGCUGCCCAUGAAAUAAUUUUGACAUUAUGUCAUUUUGCAUGACUUUCUGCAUGUUUGAGUGUUUCUGUAAACUGUCUUCAGAGGUUUGGUUUUUUCCAUGUUGCCUACUGUUCCAGCAGUAGUACUCAGUCAUACUCUCACUUUACUGUGACCUUUCUGUGAGCUGUUUUAAUGGAAACUGUUUAGUCUGUUUUAUGGCUACUUGACAAGUAGCAAAUGACAAGUUGAACAAUUUGUCACCCCAGUCUUGUUUGUCUCUUCUUUUUAAAUAAAUACUUUAUUCAUA